AGUACUCCGUCGACUGUGACCCGAAUACGUUCGAGGUCCCUUGUUCGCGUUACUAGUACUCACCGUUUUCGUUUUCGUUUUCGUAUUCGUUUUCGUUUCUUGUUUAAUUUUAACUUGCUUCAAGAAAGAACGUAAACGCGAACACAAACUCCAGCAGGCAGGAACAAUCGUUCUCCCUCGAACGAAAGAACGCUUCCGAUUCUUCGGUUACCGACUAUAUUAUUCAAUCGACCAACAUACGAUACGAAUGAAAGAAAAUCUAAAUUGUUGUAAUCGACGAAUUCAGUGGUUACCGCGGCACACAAUUCACAAUCAGCUUAUAAUAGCCAAGACCGUUCGCUUCGCGUAUGUACACGUGGGUAAUCAUUUUCAGUCAUUGACCAGGAAAUUCAACUGGUGUUAGAUACCUUGAGAAAUUGUAGAAUUUUCGCGUGUCGUGUGUCGUGUGACACACGCUCGAGAUCGGCCACUAUCUAUCGUCACACGAAAGCAGAACCGUAUUCUCAGCAUUCGAUGAACAAACACUCCCGCUUCCCGUUUACCGUUUACCGGUUCCCCGGACCCGCGUUACUCGUCCUCCCUCGAAUCGCUUCCGUUUCAUCAUUCACGCAACGCGUGAAUCUCCGAACGCUAUCGGUAGCAGGCUUAUUAGCUCUCUCGGCUCCGUCCCCCUUGCCAUCGAUAUGAAACAACCAACGGUACUGAUUUGCGCACUACUCGGACUUUUCGCUACCUCCGAUGCUCUGCCACGAGAUUCGAACAAUUACGAAGAUAUGUCCUUUUGGUUGAAAUCUGGACAAGAGGAUCUUCGGAGAAACCUAGCUUACAGGAACAAUGAAAAUCGUGCGAAGAACGUAAUCGUGUUCAUCGGGGAUGGCAUGGGAAUUUCGACGAUCACAGCCGGCCGUAUAUUCAAAGGCCAAAUGAAGGGCGCUACUGGCGAAGAAUACAAAUUGGCUUUCGAGCAAUUUCCCAAUACCGGGUUUGCCAAGACUUACAACACUGACAAGCAAGUGCCCGAUUCCGCCGGAACGGCGACCGCGAUAUUUUCCGGCGUUAAAUGCCGUUAUAGGGUGAUCGGUCUGGAUGCCAAGGCAUCCUACAAUCAUUGCGACAAACGCCUCGAUCAAGAGAGUAAGCUUACAACGGUCGCCGAUUGGGCUCAGCAAAGCGGUAUGAGCACCGGAUUCGUAACUACCACUCGAAUCACGCACGCAACACCAGCCGGAUUGUACGCUCAUACGAAUAAUCGUGAUUGGGAGUGCGAUACCUCGAUACCGAAACGAUACAAAGGUUGCGUCAAGGACAUAGCCAGACAAUUGAUCGAGGAUGCACCUGGAAAUAAAUUUCAGGUGAUGAUGGGUGGUGGAGCACAACACAUGGGUCUACCGCUAGAGCCGGUCGAUCCCGACACCUGUGUCAGAGAAGACGGACUAAACUUGGCAGAGGUAUGGACGAAGAACAAUCCCGAGGGAAAUCUGGUAACAAAUGCCGAACAACUCAUGUCCUUAGAUGUCGCAAACGUUUCGAAAAUUCUUGGAAUCUUUGCUGCCAGUCACCUUCCGUAUCACGCGGUCAAGCCAGUAGAGGUACCGAGCCUAGCCAAUAUGACCACACAAGCUAUCAAGUUGCUUAGCAAAAACAAAAACGGUUUUUUCUUAAUGGUGGAGAGUGGCAAGAUAGACCUUGCCCAUCACCGUAACUAUGCGAAACUAGCGUUACGAGAAGUGUCUGAGCUCGAAGAAGCGGUAUUGACCGCGUUGCAACAAGUGAAAUUGGAAGAAACACUGGUGAUUGUAACCGCCGAUCACUCGCACGCCUUCACCAUCAAUGGUUAUCCGAACAGAGGAAACGACAUCCUUGGUUUCGCCAAUGAUCCAAACAAAACGGACGUGUCGGCCUACGAAACGCUCAACUACGCCAAUGGUCCAGGAUUCUUCCAUCACAGACGAAAUGACAGUACGAACGUUAACGAAACGUGGAGACCGGUCGAUCAAGACGAGACGCGCAACGAACCGUUCUACAUGCAAAUGGCUGCCAUAUAUAUGAAGGACGAAACGCACGGAGGUGAAGACGUCGGAGUAUACGCGAUAGGUCCGUACUCUCACCUGUUUCGCGGUACCUUCGAGCAAAACUACAUUGCUCACGUGAUAGCAUAUGCUGCUUGCUUCAAAGACUGGCCCUCUCACUGUGAUAACACCUACAAUCGUUACUUUUACAAACUGACCAAUUCGGUGGAUCGAGCCACAAUCUCACCUUUUUUUCUCUCUUUUCUAUCGUUCGCCUUUAUUCUGAUCCUGGCCAGAAAUUAGCCGUCUAGCUAUCUUUUUUUCUUAACUCCGUUAUUUUACGUUUUGAUCCUCUCUCGAUCUAGAAAAAUAUGCACACACUACACACGUCAGGCAACCGCGACGGUAUCAAUUUUAUUCUUUCUUCUUCUUUCCACACAUUAUUUUCCACGGUUUAGGUUCAGCGUAUAUUCAGCCUAAUAUUUCACGUUACUCUUCUCCUAUGUUGACACUCUUUACCUGUAUCUCGUCACCUGUUGUAUCUGCGAACCCACCAUUACAGGCGCUCGAAUCUACAUCCUUUGUACAUAGUAUAUAUUAUACACAUGUAUAUAUGUAAGUAUACAUACACGUAAAUAUAAUUAAAAGUACACGUUAAAAGCAACAGAAUAUUUUGACUCACGCCAACAACGACACUGGCUAACAAUAAGAUAAGAUAAAAUAAAAAUUAUCUAGA